CUCAUUCUGAGAGAACUUCACAUUUGUUUCUGUCAUCAGCCGCCUGCCUCCCUCACAACUGGACAAGUUAGUUGGGGAGGCGGCAUCAUGGCUCGAAAUGUGACCAUCAUACGCACAACUGCGAGCAGCAGCAACGUUCCCCAGCCGAGCACUGGACUCUUUGAUACGGGAUACGCCAGGUCCUACUCGGGCACGCUGAAAGGAACGGAGAUGCUGUCCUUAUUAAUAGGAUUUCUUUGCGUGAGGUUCUCAAAUUGGACAGACUACAGUGCAUACAACUACUUUGAAGUUGUCACAAUUUGCUUCAUGAUUUUAAUAUUCAUUUUUUAUGUGAUCAACGUCUUUCGAAUUUACAGAAUGCUGACGUGCAUUUCAUGGCCCUUAACGGAGCUGCUGCACUAUGCAAUUUGUACAUUUCUUCUCUUCAUUGCUUCCAUUGUCGCUGCUGUAAAAAGUCACAGCAUAGCAGGAUUGAUUGUUGGAUCGGUUUUUGGGUUCAUAGCAACUCUUCUUUGUGUUAUGGAUAUGUGGCUGUCCUACAACAUCUCGUUUACUGCACAAUCAACAGGAGCGACAUUAUGACUAUCCGGGCAGUUGCCUAUUCCCCAAGUGAAGUAACAGCUGAUAUCAACUGUAGUAAUGAGAAUAUGCUCAAAGCACUGUUUGCACUUGCUCCAAGUAAGGCUGGAAACACACUUUAAUGACUGCUUGGAACACAGGCCAAAACUGGCAUUAUAAAGAGGAUGAGGAUAAACAGACUGUGAUGUUUAAUAUAAAAAUGAAUGCAAUUUUGAUACAAAAAAUAGCCUGACCGUAAGCAGUAAAGGAGGAGCACUUUUUACUUAGUAACACAUUUUUGUAAAAUAUUUUUUUACUUUUUUAGCUUAAAGAUUUUAUCAGAACACAUUGUCAGUGGUCAGUCACACAGGACUUUGGGUAAAAGCUGCAAUUUUGCUUUAGCUUUGGCUGGUAGGAUAACUGGAUAAAAAGUAGAAUGUCCUUUUUGGCACAGGGAUUAGCACACUUGCAGAGACUCAUUGCACUGCAUCUUCUGUUACGUUGUGUCCAUUUUUUCUGCUCUGCUUUCAUUCUGAUUUCUUUGAUUUAUUGUUAUUAUAUUCUUUUGUAUAAGUGCUUUUAUAUAAUGUUAUUCUGUUUAAUUCUUAAUGUCGAAAAGCAAUAAAAAUGUUCUAUAGUUUUUUUUA